GAGAAAGCAGAGGGAAGGCCUGGGUGCCGGCCGCUGGCACUGCCCCCCGCUGCCCAGCAGGCAAGGAGCAGCCACAGCCAUGGCGGGGAUGCAGACGGCCUCCGGGGACUACAUCGACUCGUCCUGGGAGCUGCGGGUGCUGGUGGGCGAGGAGGACCCCGAGGCCGAGGCCGUCACCCUCCGCGUCACCGGGGAGUCGCACGUCGGCGGGGUGCUGCUGAAGAUUGUGGAGCAGAUCAAUCGCAAGCAGGACUGGUCGGACCACGCGCUCUGGUGGGAGCAGAAGAGACAGUGGCUGCUGCAGACCCACUGGACGCUGGACAAGUACGGGGUCCUGGCCGACGCCCGCCUCUUCUUCGGGCCGCAGCACCGGCCGGUCCUCCUGCGCCUGCCCAACCGCCGCGCCCUGCGCCUCCGCACCAGCUUCUCGCAGCCCCUCUUCCAGGCCGUGGCUGCCAUCUGCCGCCUGCUCAGUAUCCGGCACCCGGAGGAGCUGUCCCUGCUGCGAGCCCCGGAGCGCAAGGAGAAGAAGAAGAAGGAGAAAGAGCCAGAGGAGGAGGUGCACGACCUCACCAGGGUCGUCCUGGCCGGCGGGGUGGCGCCCGCGCGGUUCCGGGGCAUGCCGGCGCACUUCUCCGACAGCGCGCAGACCGAGGCCUGCUACCACAUGCUGAGCCGGCCCCAGCCGCCGCCGGACCCGCAGCUGCUGCAGCGCCUGCCGCGGCCCAGCUCCCUGGCGGACAAGACGCAGCUCCACAGCAGGUGGCUGGACUCCUCGAGGUGUCUAAUGCAGCAGGGGAUCAGGGCCGGGGACACGCUCUGGCUGCGCUUCAAGUACUACAGCUUCUUCGACCUGGACCCCAAGACAGACCCGGUGCGGCUGACCCAGCUGUACGAGCAGGCCCGCUGGGACCUGCUGCUGGAGGAGAUCGACUGCACAGAGGAGGAGAUGAUGGUGUUUGCCGCUCUGCAGUACCACAUCAACAAGCUGUCCCAGAGCGGGGAGGCCGGUGAAGCCAGCGGCGCGGACCCGGGGCUGGAGGACCUGGACGCGGCCCUGAGCAACCUGGAGGUGAAGCUGGAGGGGUCAGCGCCCGCGGAUGUGCUGGACAGCCUCACGGCCAUCCCGGAACUCAAGGACCACCUCCGCAUCUUCCGACCCCGCAAGCUCACGCUGAAGGGCUACCGCCAGCACUGGGUGGUGUUCAAGGAGACCACGCUGUCCUACUACAAGAGCCAGGACGAGGCCCCGGGGGACCCCGUCCAGCAGCUCAACCUCAAGGGCUGUGAGGUGGUCCCCGAUGUCAACGUCUCUGGCCAGAAGUUCUGCAUCAAACUCCUGGUGCCCUCACCCGAGGGCAUGAGCGAGAUCUACCUGCGAUGCCAGGACGAGCAGCAGUAUGCCCGCUGGAUGGCCGGCUGCCGGCUGGCGUCCAAGGGCCGCACCAUGGCGGACAGCAGCUACGCCAGCGAGGUGCAGGCCAUUCUGGCCUUCCUCAGCCUGCAGCGUUCGGGCGGCGGGGGCUCCGGCAACCACCCCCAGGGCCCUGACGCCUCGGCUGAGGGCCUCAACCCCUACGGCCUCGUCGCCCCACGCUUCCAGCGCAAGUUCAAGGCCAAGCAGCUCACCCCGCGGAUCCUGGAAGCCCACCAGAACGUGGCCCAGCUCUCGCUGACCGAGGCCCAGCUGCGCUUCAUCCAAGCCUGGCAGUCGCUACCUGACUUCGGCAUCUCCUAUGUCACCGUCAGGUUCAAGGGCAGCAGGAAAGACGAGAUCCUGGGCAUCGCCAACAACCGACUGAUCCGAAUCGACCUGGCUGUGGGCGACGUGGUGAAGACCUGGCGUUUCAGCAACAUGCGCCAGUGGAAUGUCAACUGGGACAUCCGGCAGGUGGCCAUCGAGUUCGACGAGCACAUCAACGUGGCCUUCAGCUGCGUGUCGGCCAGCUGCCGCAUCGUGCACGAGUACAUCGGCGGCUACAUUUUCCUGUCCACCCGGGAGCGGGCCCGCGGGGAGGAGCUGGACGAAGAUCUCUUUCUGCAGCUCACGGGGGGCCACGAGGCCUUCUGAGGGCUGUGUGCCUGCCCUGGCCCCGCUCACCACCUGCCACGGCCACUCCCCAGCCCACGCCCGCUGGGACUCACUGCCCCACGCCCUCUGCAGGCACACACGCGCUGGACACAUUCACCGGCUGCCGCUGGCUUUGUGCAGGCCGGGGCCCUGGUGGGGCCUGACCCCCACCAUCACCCAGGCUAGGGGAGGUGGGCCCUGGGCGCACAUGGCGGCCCCUGCCUUAUUCUGAGCGCACAAGAUCAGCUCCCUGACCCCUGUGCAGGCCCCGGGCCCGCGCGGAGGACCCAUGGAUGUAGCAAAAGGAUGAAGAAUCAUGGCUUCCCACUGGAGUUUCUCUCUUGUUACCUUUUUAAAAUUUCGUUUUUAUAAAUAAAUAUUUUUAUUGUU